CGGGUUCGGGCUGCGUCUGUUGGCCAGCCAAUUCAGUUGCGUCGCCGAGCCCGAAGAGAAAACACCAUACCAGAUCCACAACCCAGAGCAGUUGCAGAGCCGCCCAAGCCGUGAAAGUGGUGGUCACCAGUUUUGCCUCCGAGUUAUUGAAAAGGAAACUGCAAUUUAUUGCGAAAUUAUAUGCACUUUUACUCAGUGCCAUUGCCAGUCGCUGGACAGUUGCUUUACAUAAUCCGGAGCAAUGUACAAGCAUACGGUCAAGUCCAAGUUGAGCCAGGUGCGCAGUAAUCCUCCAUCGGUUGUAACUGCCACGCCCACAUCGCCCAAACAUGGAUUAGGGGCGGGCAAGAAGUUCUUCUCGCACAUAAGGCACAAAAUCGAGGAUAAUUUAACGCCCAAGUUGAGUGGAAUGUAUUAUAAAGGGAGCAAGCACACCAGAUCCAUGAGUGCCCUUUGCACAGCGGUGGAUGGAGGAUGUGUGGGUGGGAAGUACACGCCCAAGGCGGUGCCCAUCAGUCCUGUUCCGAUCCAGCAAAUUCCCAGCCAGAUGAGCAGCAGCGUCUGCAGCUAUGUGGACAGCGAUGAGGAGAGUCACCUGAGCUUGAGUCUCAAUUUGGCCCAACAAUCGCUGGAGGAUGAGAUCUUCGCGGAGCUGGAGAAGGUGGCUCACGAUGAAAGCAAACUGAAUGAAGUGCUCCAGAGCUUCGAUCAAAUACUCAAUGAGUAUCCACCUUUGGAAGGGACUAAGAUGGCUGCUCCUCAGGAAGAACUACCCGCUCCACCUGCGGAGUUCAGCGAUCGCCAGCCCAUGUUGGCCAAGUCACACAGCACCCUGAGCAUGGGCAGAUCCAGGAUACAGGUCUACCAAUCCCCGGAGCUAGCAGGAUCAGUUUUGCUACUACGUGGAGGAAGCACCGAUUCCAGAUACAACUCCCUGAGUGAUCUGAGUGGCAGCAAGAUACCAGUGCGCAAGCAGUCCAGUUUGCGCAAGCGCAGCGAAAGCUUCUGCCUGGAGCAACCCAUUUGCCUGCGAACAGCCAGUAAACAGCGCACUCGCUCUAUGCUAACCCUAAAUACCACUGGACCUUCAAGGGCUGCCCUUCCAGCAGCUGUAGCCAUGCCCAAGCGAGCCAACUCCAGUCUGGAAAAGAGACAAAUAACCAAUAGACUAGUGCCCAGGAGAGCCAACUCCACCCUGAAACCCAAGUCACCCAAUGCCAACAGUGAUGAACUGCUGGUCAAGUGUUUGGCCAAGGGUCAGGAGAUCCUGAGGCAGGUGGAGAGCAUGAGUGCUCAGAAGCCCAAGAGGACCAGCAGUCGAGGAGUCACCAAGGAGCACUCGCAGCUGGUGAAGAACAAGAAGAAGCUACAGAAGCUGCACUACGCCAACGAGGAGAAGGUGGGCCGACCCAAGCUGGAGUCCUGCAAGAUUAUACCCCCAAAGCUGGGAGAGACCUCGGACAAAAACCAGGAACUCCUGGUGAAGGUAGUGCAGGAUGUAAAGAGCACACCGCAACAGCCUCUUAAAAAACCCACUAAGGAAAUCCGAGCAGAGCAGGAAGAGGACUCGGAUGAUUCGGGACACAUAAGCAACACACAGCUCUCCACAUCCACCUCCACCAGCAACUCAACCGGGAGUCUCUGCGAAUCCGAGGGCGACGAGGCAGAGGAGCAGCCACCCGAGAUUAAGAGCUGCGGUAAACAGUCCAACAAGAUCGCAGAGCUUCUUCAGAAAUUCGAGGCAGCUGCGGCGGCUGGAAAACAAAGUGCCAUCUCUACGAUGCACUGCCCCACCUCGAAUGUAGUGGCCACCAAGGUGGUGGCCCAGGUGCAGGCCGUGUGCUGCAUCCAGACCCAGGUGGAGAUCUAUCCCACCUACACGAAAGAGGUAACUAUGCGGCUGCACUGACCUGGCAGCGGCCCAGCCGAUCCCGCUUCUGCUUCCGAUCCUCCCCAGCCAGUCCAAUCUUAACUUUCGGCUGCAUCUGUCCAUAUCUAUAUCUAACUCUAUCUAACGUAUGCUGUAAAUGGAAUAAAUAUUUAUUGUACAAAACCACUUG